CCAUGGAGAUUUUGCAGUAUCACUCAGUGAUGUGAUGGAAACUUGGAAAUAUUUGUUACAUGACAAACUAGGAUUAUUGUAUGAGAACAUGGAAGAACCUGAAAAUUAUGCUGACUUUAAAAAGGCCUAUCAUACCUUCCUAGCAAGCAGCAAUAUGCUAGAUAUAAUAGACAUAUAUCAAAAGUGCUGUGCUCUUGCACUUGUCUCUGAAGAUGAAAGCAUUGCCCCCGUUCAACUGCUAGAAUUUAUUUCUGGUGGAAUGAAUGUAUCAGGAAGUAAUGGUUCUGUUCUUCCUUCUACAUCAGUCUACAGACAGGAUCAGAACACUGUGAAGGUGAUGGUCUUUGCCAAGAAGUGUUUUUAUUCAUAUUUAAGCCUGUUGGUGAAUUCUAAGGAUGAUCUGGCUCUAGCUCGUAUUCUAAACGUUCCUGACAGAGGACUUGAUAGAGAAGCCUUCACUAAACUAAAACAUGCCUCACAGGAGAGAAAAAUGUCAAUUUUCCUGAUGGCAACAUCUUUUAUCCGAACAGUAGAACAUGGAGGAAAAGGCUGUGCAGCUUCAUUAUUUGAUCCUCUAAGAGCCCAUAUAAAGGGGCUUUCUAACUUCAUUAAUUUUAUUGACAAGCUGGGAGAAAUUGUUGGUGAAAUUCCAGAUCCAAGGUAAUAGAAUUUCUAUUGCAUUU